UCUCAUUAGUGACUUAACCGCUGUUCAUUCCCCCUGCUGUUUUGUCACCUGAAUAAUUAAUUUCUGUACUUAUUUCCACUCUCUGUCUCUGUUUCCUCAGGUCACUUCUUAUAAUCAGUGAUGAGCUUACCUCUAAGCCCAAGACAUGAGCAGGCCCAAACGUCUUCUGGAACGAGCAAGACUCAAGGCUCGCUCCAAUCACAUUCAAAGGCGAUCGCCCCAGCAGACGCUCCCAUUCUGAUCAAAGAUCCACCGUGAGAAAACAGCAAGCUGAAUCUCCCAGCCCAACAACAGUACAGAAGGCUGUUCAAACCAAAGAAGAUCUCCCAGCUCAAACCUCAUCUGGUCCCCUUCUUGUCCCCACUCAAAGAGACACGUCCCCCAGUGACCAAGUAGGGCGAACUAGACGGUACGGUUGCUCACCCACCCGUGUACGCUUUGAAGAUGAAUCGGAGAAAGAAGCAGAGUCUCGCUAUUUGGACAGAGUGAGACAGCGUGGCAGGCCUGGGACGCCCAAGUCCAAGAGUAAAGAAAGUAAUACAGAUUCCAGCAGCAGUGGCUCAGAGAGGAACAGAAACCACAGAAGUGUCUCUAUGCCUCCUUCACAGAAGCAAGAAGAUGGGCCUGCUGUUGGUGAAACUACAACAGUGAUUAAAGAGAUAAUAGUGCUAGUGAAGAAAUGUGAAUCAUGUGGUUCUGUAGUAAGGGAACCUCAGCCAGUUUCAUCACCGCCAGAUCCACAGAACGCUGAGCUGCAGCAACCUGGUAAUCCUGAGGACCCACGGGGGAAAGUGGCUCCCCGCUGGGUGCCACCAAACAAACCAGAGGCGAGUACUCGUCCUAAAGCUCCUCUUACUGUCACUUUUGCCGGAGCUUAUGUGCUGGGGAAAAUAAAGAAAUUAGCACAGGAUGGAAGUCAUCAGGGUUUGGAAAACUGAGGAGAAGGAGCAGGAAAGGAGAAAGUCGGUUAGAGUCUGGUCAUGGCCCUUAUGGUCCAUCAUGGGCUCAGCGGCGUAACUCAAAUCCACGGAACAGAGUCAACCUGAGCAGAGCUGUUUCAUUCGCGCCUGGUAGUCCCAUUGCCCUGGAGCCACGUUUGCUCGAGGCAUCUGGUGGACUAAGGGAGUCCCCAACCCCUGCGUUGCCUAUCAAGUCAGCUUUGAAGUCAAGCUCAGAAAUCGCUCUGCCACAGGUCAGUCCACAGUUCAGUUCCAGAUGACCUCAAAUCAGGGAGGAGAGGGUGGGUCCCAGUCCCUCCUAGACUCUCCAGAGACCAGGAGGGAGUCUCCAGCAUCUUUAACCCCAGGGGCAUCUGCAGCGAGCAGCCCAGUGUCCUGUAUGAGGCCCUCUACUCUGAGGUAUUCCCCAGCCAGGCUUGCCACAGACCUGCCAUCUUCUGAACUCUGGGAUGCUGCAGCAGAUGGUGCAAGCUUAAGUGGGGACUCUGGUUCUGGUUCAGAGUGCCGUGCAAUACGAGGCCUCGCCAUGUCUCGGGCUGAGGACCUCAGAGCUGAGCUAUUGAGAGCUGAACAUCUGAAAGCUGAGGCCCUGUGGGAGGAAAACUCUGAUGGGUCCAGAAAGCUGGAUGGGCGGCCAAAGCUCUUCCUGCGUCGCUUCUUUUCUUCCAUCGGCCUGAACAGCGUUGGUAGGCUUGUGAAAGGAGGCCGCUCCAGUAGUAUGGAACAGCUCAGUAUCCCCCCUGCCCCCCGGGUGAGCUCAGCAUCACCAAGCCCCACACGCAGACCACAGCCUACUAUUCGCAUACAGAGGACGCCCUCCCUGCAGACCCUGAACACGGUGCUGCCACUGGCCCAGCUGCGUAAAGCCUCCUCUGUGCAGAGUUUAGAGAGAAGAACAGAACGUUCAACAAUACUUGGGGAGGUGCAAAUACCAUAUGGCCUGGCACCCAGCCCUGACAGCCCUCAGCUUGAGCUUCACAGGGCCUUGAGCGUUGAAGAUGUGCUUCCCGCAAGAAUCGCGCGUCCGGUUGGCCGGGUCACCCAGGCUUUCCCCGAUGGGAGUAUCCUCCUGGAGCUCAUCAAACCUCCAAAUGGUCCUUAUGGUUUUGUCAUUUCAAGGGGCAAAGGUCGGCCAGACACAGGUGUGUAUGUUGAGAAAGUGGGUGAUGGCAGCGGAGAAGGUCCAUACGUCGGCCUCCUUGGCAUAGGUGAUGAAAUUCUGCAGGUGAAUGGAGAGGCAGUGGCCGGACUCACUUUAGACCAGGUGACGCGCCUCAUGACCAGGGAAAGCACUGCUUCCCUCCGAAUCAUGCCUGCCCGACGCAAUCAACGUUGAUUGACAGGAUGGGCAUAGCACUCACUUCUGGAGACAUGGAGAGUAACUGACUGCUACAAGCACUGUGAACCGACUGCAACAAAUGGUAGAUGUGGUAGAUGCACUUACAAAUAUGAAAAUGUGGAAAAAUAGGGUUAGGGCUUCAUUUCCCACAGUGCAAAUCAGUAUUAAUGUUAUGCCACUGGAAAAGAUUGCAAUAGAAACAAAAAGCACAUUACAAACAAAUCCAGCUGUGCACAUACUAAGCUAGUUAGAAAAGUUUAGUGUAUUUAAAAGUGAAGUAAAAAGAUUCAAAUCCAAUACAGUUUGACUCUGUACACUAUUUUAUUUGUUUAUUUUUUUAAUGGUCAUGAAUUUUCUUGAUUUAUUUUGCUCUUUGUAUGACACAGAGCAUGAGAUCUCCAAUGCUUAGUGACUGGAAUAAUAUUUUGUCAGGUAUUUAAAACUGUGUACAGAUCUUUGUUUUAUACUACUGUUUAUUUAUUUAUUUAUAUAUUGGUCAAAUGAUUGACACUAGCUUGGCCCACAGACCCUGGAACUGGUGGGUAACGAAAGAAAACAAAUAAUUAGUUCUUUUUUUUUUUUUUUGUGCAUCAUAUUUCCCUGGGGCGCUGUGUGGUCCCUUUAUUUUGCUUGUGCUGUAUCAGGUACGCUUUUGUGGACUAGAUGCCGUUUUGCUUCUAAAUAAAACAAAACAUAUUUUA